UGCACCGGCGCGCCCGGAGCCGAACCCUCCGUGAGGGGGCGGGUGGGGAGUCCCCGGAGUGGGGGUGCAACGCAGUCCGGCCGCACCGGGAGCUCCCGGUGGGCUCUCGGUAACCCCCGGUAAUCCCCCGGUAAAGCCCGGUAAAGCCCCGUCCGCAGCCGGCCAUGGCGGGACGCGGCCCCGUGCACAGCCUGAGCAGCCUGCAGAAAACCGCCCUGCUGCUGGGCGUCCCGGCCGCCGCCACCGUGCUCUACAUCCUGUACCGGCGCUACCGGGAGAGCCGAGAGGCGCAGGUGACACUGGUGGCAGACGAGGGGCUGGAGGUGACGGUCAGGGUGCCCCGCACGGCCCUGAAAGCGCUGAUCGGCCGCCGGGGGGCCACCAUCAACCAGCUGAGGCAGGAGACGGGAGCGCAGAUCGAGGUGGAGGAGGAGGAGGAGGAGGAGGAGGAAGGGCAGUCGCUGGUGCAGAUCUCGGGCUCGCCGGGCCAGGUGUGCCGGGCCAGGGCGGCCGUGCUGCGCAUCGUGGCCGACAGCGCCCCCGUGGCCGAGCAGCUGCGCGUGCCCCAGCGGGCCGUGGGCAGGAUCAUCGGCCGCGGCGGGGAGACCGUCCGGGCCAUCUGCCGCAGCUCCGGGGCCCGCGUGGAGUGCGGUGCCCACGACCCCGAGGGCAGCCUGGCCCCGCUGCGCAUCAUCCGCCUGCUGGGGACGCGCUCCGAGGUGGAGGCGGCCAAGAAGCUGAUCAUGGAGAAGCUGUCGGAGGACAAGGCGUUCCGCCGGGAGCUGGCGCAGGCGGCGGCCGCGCGGUGCCCGCGGAAGCAGCCCCUGGGCAGCCGCCGGGAGCCGCCGGUGCCGCCCGCCGCCGGUGGUGCCCCCGGGAGCGCCGCGGGGGGAUGGCAGGAGUGCUGGGAUGCCGAAUGGGCACCGGCGGGCGGCACCGGAGCGGCGGCGGGGAGCGACGGGAUGGAGGCGGAGAUGGGGAGCGAGGAGCGCCGGGAUGCGGGAGAGGAGCCCCGGGAGCCCCGGAAUGCAGGAGAGGAGCCCCGGGAGCUCCGGGAUACCGGAGAGGAGCCCCAGGAGCUCCGGGAUACCGGAGAGGAGCCGCCCGUGGCCAAGUUCGAGGUGCCCAGCCCAGAUUUCAGUUUCCCUGCUGACGAGCACCUGGACGUUUACGUGUCGGCGGCCGAGAGCCCCGGGCACUUCUGGAUCCAACUGCUGGGCACGCGGAGCCUGCAGCUGGACAAACUGACAGCUGAGAUGGGGCUCUUCUACCAGAGCAGCCCCCCCGUGCCACCCCCGUCCGUGCACCCCGGUGCCAUCGUGGCCGCGCCGUACCUGGACGAUGGCGAGUGGUACCGGGCGCGGGUGUUGGGGACACUGGACAACGGCCACCUGGACCUGUACUACGUGGACUUUGGGGACAACGGCCAGGCCCCCCCCGAGGCCCUGCGCGCCCUCAGGAGCGACUUCCUGAGCCUGCCCUUCCAGGCCAUCGAGUGCAGCCUGGCCGGGAUUGUCCCCAACGGUGGCUCGUGGCCCGAGGCCGCCCUGCAGGAGUUCGAUCGCCUCACGGGCUGUGCCCAGUGGGCCCCGUUGGUCGCUCGGAUCUGCAGCUACGGCCCCGCGGGGCCCUGCCUGCGCCUCUACACACACUGCCAGGGACAGAGCCUGGACGUGGGAGCAGAGCUGGUGCGUUUGGGCUACGCCGUGCCCGGGCCGCCCGAGGAGCCCCCGGACAAUCUCGGCUGCGCCCCCAUCCCGAGCCCGGUGGAGCCCGGGGACAGCCCCGGGGACAGCCCCGAGACCUCGUCCUGCCUCAGCGUGCCCGCCGCCGCCGCUGCCGUGCCCGGGGACGCCGUCACGGUGACCUGA